UUAUAGGGAAGACAGGCCCAAAUGAUCAUACCCUUUAAGACCGCAACCUAAAUUACAGGCCAAGCCUUCUGUGGCUCCACCACCUACACCAAAGAAACCUGUAAUCUUGAAGGAUGUUGGGGCAGCUCCGAAAUCGUCGACUGUCGACGAUGUUGAUGCUCCAGUAACAACUAAAGAAAGGAAGCCAAUCUUGAUAGAUAAGUUUGCUUCCAAGAAACCAGUUGUCGACCCUCUCAUAGCUCAAGCAGUUUUAGCCGCUACAAAGCCCUCAAAGGGGCCUGCCCCCGGCAAGUUGAAAGAUGAGUAUCGGAAGAAGAAUGCAUCAGCAGGUGGACGGAGGAGAAUGGUCCAUGACGAGAUUCCAGAUGAGGAGACAUCAGAACUAAAUGUCUCCAUUCCAGGUGCAGCUAGUGCGAGGAAGGGUAGGAAGUGGAGUAAAGCAAGUAGGAAGGCAGCUAGACUCCAGGCAGCCAAAGAAGCUGCUCCAUUGAAAGUGGAAAUUCUUGAGGUUGGGGAACAGGGUAUGUUGAUAGAGGACUUGGCCUACAGCUUGGCCACAAGCGAAGGUGAAAUCCUUGGACUUUUGUAUUCAAAAGGAAUUAAGCCAGAUGGGGUGCAAACUUUGGACAAGGAAAUGGUGAAGAUGAUCUGUAACGAAUAUGAGGUGGAGGUCAUAGAGGCUGAUCCUAUCAAAGUUGAAGAAAUGGCAAGUAUACAGUGCACAAAGUGUGGAAACUCUCAUGUAUGGGAGUGUACCAAUAGGAGUAAGACCAAUGCUAGAUGGUCUCAGGUAGGAUUGUUGCCAACAUCAUCCAGCCAAAGAUGGGGAUGGAUGGGUUGAAUACUAGGGCUCAUUGGUCUUUAAUAGGCCUCAAAAGGGGCACUGGAAGUUCAUUCGAUCAUUGCCAAAUGAAAUCGGAGUCAUUGCUCCUUUUUUGUACGGAUGUGCUAGUCAUUUUACUUAGGCAGUUUCCUUCUGUCCUGCUGGUGGAAAUACCACGCGCUUUUGUCUGUGCCGAAAGCAAGAUCUUUGAUGUGUCAGAAUGGACCAUCUGCCAGGGUAUGGCUUGUCGGCCCAACACUCAUCGUCCAAGCUUCCAUGUGAAUAUGGUUGGCUUGGAAAGGAAAUCACAGCGAUGUAACUCAAGUAGGUAUCAAUGGGAUCUGGAUGCAGAGAUGGUGGAUGAAGAGGAAGAAUUCGAGUUAUGGCUUCAGCAAGCCCUGGCCUCUGGCCUCUUCUGUGAGACUUCCAAACGCAGAAAGAGCUGGAGUCCGUUCAAGUUGCACCAGUUGAAGGGUAAGAAGCAAUGGAGAAGAGCUUCAUCAUGAAUGGCGGACCAAGCAUAGAAUUGGCCAAGUUCUUUCUAUGCUCCUCGGAGCUGAGAUAUCACAGGACCAGGAUUACAUUGGCAGAGAAUAUGGUGAGGUGUCUGAUGUACCCAAAGCAUGUUAUGUUUGACCAGCCGCCUGUCCAAACUCAUCGAGGAUGAGGUGAAUGGAAUUGAGGUCCUGGAGUUGAGCAACUGCUUUCUUCUGUUAUCGUGUAAAUAGAUUUAGGUCAUAUCUACGGCAUUCCCUUUGCUUCGCAAUGUCAGUUUUGUCGAGUCCCUUUUGAGCACGGGGAAUAUUUUGAGGUCAAGUCAGAGGGCAAAACUGAUUUGUGUCUGUUGUACAUUAUUCAAGCAAUCUUUGCUUAUUUAAGUUGUAGCACAGGUUCUCCUAAAAAAAAUUGCUCUCCCAAUAGGUCUAUUGUGGCUACAUCCUCUCUUUGAAUAUCCAGAUACUCAUACUGGAAGGGGAGAUGUACCCAAGUGUUUGUAGAAGGCAUCGUGUAGCUUUGUCACACCUACUUCAGGUUCAGUUAUGGUCUUGGAUGUAACAGCUUUAAACUGUUGGGAAACAUUUAGAAAUUGAAACAUCCAUUGAUUGAA